AUGGUCAGUGCAGUGGAUACCCACGGAGAGUCAAAGUACGGAUCAGAGAUCCCAGCGCCCGCUGGAAGGAACCUUGCAGCACGAGCCGGCAACGACGGCUGCCCAAGCACUAUCUCUGGUGGCGCAAUUGCUGGUAUCGUGAUUGGCACCAUUGCCGGAACCCUACUUCUCCUGUGGCUGUGGCGAGUUUGCCGACUCCCCGGGGCAUGGAGUGGCGGUGGUGAACCCGAUGUCGGCUACCGUCCACCCGUCACUCGGACUCGAGGUCGCAGAAGAAGAAGCACUGGGUCAUAUGUGGAUGUUAUUGAGAAACCACACAGUUCACGCAGUUCAAGACAGUAUCGGGAAAAUGUUCGACGACCAGCUAAGGUGUAUCUUAGCUGA